CAGGACUAUCUGGUUUUUAAUGGUACUUGUCAUUCCACCCACUUUUUAUUUUAUAUCUACGGUUUUAUGGCUGUCCUCCUGCAGGCACACUGAGGAUUUGUAAUUCACGCGUGGAAGAAUGACUAUGUCAGAUAUCAUGCUGUAUGGACGGCUGUUUUGAUUGAAUGCAGUUAUAUUAAAUGCUGGGAAAGAUUUCCACCCAUAACCGACCUUGCACGAGCUAACGCAGGCGAGAAACUGUCUGACAGCUCUCAAGUGCAUCUUUUGUGUCUUUUUUUUAUUUUUUCUAUGUGGGACUUCUUUUAAGUCCAAACUUAUUUUGGUAUUCCGUCUUCAAAUUUGCGAUUGCACUAUCGCCUGACGAACACUUUGAGCGAAUCCAAUUUGAACGGUUCUCGGACAGCUCGUCCUUUGCAAACUGAAUCUGGAUCAGUAAAACACAACAGUACUGUUGUUGGAUAUAACUCCAAAUCUUAGUUUUAGUCUUCAUUUUAUUUUAUGAUUAUUAUUUUUUUUAAAUUUCAAACUCAAAUGCACACAGCGCCUGUAUGGGAGUGAAACUCUCACACACGGAAGUGACUUGCACAUCUUAGGCCAGUCAUCUCUGCGCGUGUGUGUGUGUUUACUAGGUGAAUUUGCAUACCUUGUAUAAAUUGUAUUGGUAAAUUGAAAAAUGAUCCCUGAUAAAGCACCAGGCGAGGAUGUGUUACAUGCAUCCGGGGACUUGAAGAAAGACGCGCACAUCCCCAGCUUUGAGAAAUACAAAGAGCUCUACAUCAAAUCUGUCGAGUCUCCAGAGGAGUUCUGGGGAGAUGUCGCCAAAGACUUUUUCUGGAAGACAAAAUACACCGGGAAGUUCCUGGACUACAAUUUUGAUGUGACCAAGGGUGAGAUUUUCGUGAAGUGCAUGGAAGGUGCCACAACCAACAUCUGCUACAAUGUGUUGGACCGCAACGUCCAUGAGAGGAAACUGGGGGACAAAGUGGCUUUUUACUGGGAGGGGAAUGAACCUGGAGAUGAGAAGACCGUGACCUUCAGAGAACUGCUCCAGCAAGUCUGCAAGUUUGCCAAUGUCCUCAAGUCACAAGGUGUAAAAAAAGGUGAUUGUGUAUCUAUUUACAUGCCCAUGGUGGUGGAGCUGGUGGUGGCCAUGUUGGCCUGUGCUCGGAUUGGAGCGGUCCACUCUAUUGUGUUUGCCGGUUUUUCUGCUGAGUCGCUGUGUGAAAGGAUCAUGGACUCGCAGUGCUGUCUGCUUAUUACAGCCGAUGGCUUUUACCGCGGUGAUAAGCUGAUCAAUCUGAAGCUAAUAGCUGACGAGGCACUACAGAAAUGCAGGGACAAGUCUUUCUCAAUGGAGAAAUGUAUAAUGCUUAAACACCUCACAAAGGAUGAGGCCACAACGCCUGGGUCCCUGUCACCUCCAUUGAAGCGUGCCUGCCCCGACCUGCAGCAGGAGAAACAGAAAGAAAGAGUAAGGAAGGUCCAUCCCCCCCCACAGGUGCCAUGGAAUCCUGAGGUAGAUAUGUGUUGGCACUCUCUUAUUGGUGGAGCUUCAGAAGAGUGUGAACCUGUCUGGUGUGAAUCAGAAGAUCCACUCUUCAUCCUUUACACCAGUGGCUCUACUGGAAAACCUAAGGGUGUAUUGCACACAGUGAGUGGCUACAUGCUCUACACUGCUGCCACCUUUAAGCUGGUGUUUGAUUAUCACCCAGAUGAUGUAUACUGGUGCACUGCAGACAUUGGUUGGAUAACAGGUCACUCGUACAUCACAUAUGGGCCCCUAGCCAACGGGGCAACCAGUGUGCUGUUUGAGGGUUUGCCCACAUACCCGGAUGUGAGCCGAAUGUGGGAGAUUGUUGAUAAAUAUUACGUCUCCAAGUUCUACACGGCACCCACCGCUAUCCGGAUGCUUAUGAAGUAUGGCAGUGAGCCCGUACUGAAGUAUAAGCGUGGCUCUCUGAAAAUUUUGGGGACAGUAGGGGAGCCCAUAAACCCAGAAGCCUGGCAGUGGUACUACAGUGUGGUGGGAGAGAAGAGAUGCCCAGUGGUGGACACAUUCUGGCAGACUGAGACGGGUGGGCAUGUGAUGACUCCACUGCCAGCUGCCACUCCCAUGAAGCCAGGCUCUGCUACAUUUCCUUUUUUUGGGGUUGUACCUGCCAUUCUGAAUGAGUCAGGGGAGGAACUUGAAGGACCAAGCGAGGGCUAUCUGGUGUUUAAACAGCCAUGGCCAGGUGUGAUGAGAACUAUAUAUGGGAACCACCAGAGGUUUGAAACCACCUACUUCAAGAAAUUCCCUGGAUAUUAUGUCACUGGAGAUGGUUGCCGUAGAGAUAAGGAUGGGUACUACUGGAUCACUGGAAGGAUAGAUGACAUGCUGAAUGUGUCUGGGCACCUGUUAAGCACCGCAGAGGUGGAGUCAGCUCUAGUGGAGCAUGAAGCUGUGGCAGAGGCAGCAGUUGUAGGGAGGCCACAUCCUGUUAAAGGGGAGAGUCUCUACUGCUUUGUCACCCUCAAUGACGGAAUCAGCUACAACCAAAAGUUGGAGGCAGAGCUUAAAAAGCAAGUGAGAGAGAAGAUUGGUGCUAUAGCUACACCUGACUACAUACAGAAUGCACCUGGCCUUCCGAAAACAAGAUCAGGGAAAAUCAUGCGUCGUGUCCUGAGGAAGAUAGCAUGUAAUGAGCGGGAUUUGGGUGAUGUGUCCACACUUGCAGACAGCUCUGUCAUUGAUCAACUGUUUGAAAACCGCUGUGGUACUGCUGUGUGACCAUUAGGAGGAGCCAACUCAAUGCUACUGUCUGGCCCCAUAUGAGCUUCUGUUCUGGGAGGAAGAGGAAGAAUCUGAGCUAGAAUGAAGUGUAGAAAAAAAGCAAGUGGGCAGACAGCAAGAAAAAGUAUUUUUAAGGUGUAUAAAUCCUGCUGCAAUGCGCUACCGUUUAGAUAUUUCUAAGCAAAUACAAGGUUUGGGAGCGACUUGGGGUUUUAAAAGGAUUUUAACAGGACCCAUUGUAUAUUAGAAAUCAUUUUAGCACAAAAGUUUAUUUUUGUUAUUUGUCUUUGUCGAUUUUUUUUUUUUGUUUUGUUUUUGUUUUUGUUUGUGUUUGUUUGCAGUUGGUUUGGCCUCAAAUUCAUUAUGAUACAUAACACAGUAUCAAGCUGUUUUUUGUUGACUACUGUCAUCCAGUGGUUUCUUAUAGUUCACUGGCGUGCCAUUCUUAAUUCCAUUAUGUGUGCAUAAUUCUAGGUCUAAAUAUGUAUUUCUCUUUUGUUCAAUUUGUUCAUAGAAACAUAUACAAUGACAUUGUCCUAUAAUGUGCCAACAUUCCUUAAAGCAGGUUAGCAAUUGUUUGAUGAUUUUGUUGUGUACUAAGUAAUUAUGCUUUUAAUUUCUCUGCUUCGGUUUAGGAUCUGUGUGUGUGUGUGAGAUAUAUAUACACACACAGUUGAAGUCAGAAGUUUACAAACACUUAGGUUGACGUCAUUAAAACUAAUUUUUUUUAACCACUCCACAGAUUUCAUAUUAGCAAACUAUAGAUUUGGCAAGUCGUUUAGGACAUCUACUUUGUGCAUGACACAAGUAAAUUUUCCAACAAUUGUUUACAGACAGAUUGUUUCACAUUUAAUUGAUUUUAUCACAAUUCCAGUGGGUCAGAAGUUUACAUUAAGUUAACUGUGCCUUUUAAGCAGCUUGGAAAAUUCUAGAUAAUGAUGUCAUGCCUUUAGGCAAUUAGCAAAUUAGCUUGUGAUAGGCUAAUUGGAGUGAAUUUGAGGUGUACCUGUGGAUGUAUUUUAAGGCCUACUUUCAAACUUGCUUGACAUCAUGGGAAAAUAUAAAGGAAUCAGCAAAGAUAAAAAAAAAAAUGUAUUAUUAAAAAAUAAAUUGUGGACCUCCACAAGUCUGGUUCAUCCUUGGGAGCAAUUUCCAAAUCCCUGAAGGUACCACAUUCAUCUGUACAAACAAUAGUACGCAAGUAUAAACACCAUGGGACCAUGCAGCCAUCAUACCACUCAGGAAGGAGAUGCAUUGUCUCCUAGAGAUUAACGUAGUUUGGUGCGAAAAGUGCAAAUCAAUUCCAGAACAACAGCAAAGGACCUUGUGAAGAUGCUGGAGGAAACAGGUAGACAAGUAUCUAUAUCCACAGUAAAACGAGUCUUAUAUCGACAUAACCUGAAAGGCUGCUCAGCAAGGAAGAAACCAAUGCUCCAAUACCGCCAUAAAAAAGCCAGACUGCAGUUUGCAAGUGUACAUGGGAACAAAGAUCUUACUUUUUGGAGAAAUGUCCUGUGGUCUGAUGAAACAAAAAUUGAACUGUUUGGUCAUAAUGACCAUUGUUAUGUUUGGAGGAAAAAUGGUGAGGCUUGCAAGCCAAAGAACACCAUCCCAGCCAUGAAGCAUGGGGGUGGCAGUAUCAUGUUGUGGGGGUGCUUUGCUGCAGGAGGGACUGGUGCACUUCACAAAAUAGAUGUCAUCAUGAGGAAGGAAAAUUAUGUGGAUAUAUUGAAAAAACAUCUCAAGACAUCAGACAGGAAGUUAAAGCUUGGUCGCAAAUGGUCUUCCAAAUGGAUAAUGACACCAAACAUACCUCCAGAGUUGUGGCAAAAUAGCUUAAGGACAACAAAUUCAAGGUUUUGGAGUGGGCAGAACUUAAAAAGUGUGUGCGAGCAAGGAGGCCUACAAACCUGACUCAGUUACACCAGUUCUGUCUGGAGGAAUGGGCCAAAAUUCCAGCAACUUAUUGUGAGAAGCUUGUGGAAGGCUACCCAAAACGUCUGACCCAAGUUAAACAAUUUAAAGGCAAUGCUACAAAUACUAACAAAGUGUUUGUAAACUUCUGACCCACUAGGAAUGUGAUGAAAGAAAUAAAAGCUGAAAUAAAUCAUUCUCUCUAAUAUUAUUAUGACAUUUCACAUUCUUAAAAUAAAGUAGUGAUCCCAACUGACCUAAGACAGGGAAUGUUUUCUACAAUUAAAUGUCAGGAAUUGUGAAAAACUGAGUUUAAAUGUAUUUGGCUAAGGUGUAUGUAAACUUCUGACUUCAACUGUACAUACAAAAUUACAAAUUAUAUAGACUACUGGUUGUAAACAAGCCAAAGCAUGCAGUAUAACUUACCAGAAUAAGGGCAGGUAUAAGGCAGGUGUUUGCAUAUGUUAAAGCUGAACUAUGUAUAUUUGAUACCUGGUACAAUUUGCAGCUGUUUGCAAACACUUGCGUGUGAACGUCUGAUAUUAAAUUCUUCCAGGAAAGUUAUAAAAGAGCUGUUAUUGACUGUUCUGGAUGCAUUUGAAAACAUGUACCCAAGAUAACGGUAGACUUGCAUCUCUUACCAUGAUAGUGGUCCAGUCCAAUUCAUAGUCUACUGUAUCCCCAGUUCAGAUUUCAGGAGAGAAGAGUGGUGAUCAAAUUCCAGUUUUGUUUCAUAGUGUAUGGUGCUUGCAUGCACCAAUGCCACAUCCAUGGAUUGUAUUUCUCACUGUUGUCAGAUUCAUUUGAUGCUGUUGUUUUUGCAAAUAUUUCCUCCAGCUUAGCAUUAAUUAUUUGUUUUUGUUUUUUGUACAAUACAUUUGGGCUUUUCAUUGAUCACGUGGAUGCCAGUGCUCCUCUCAAACCUAAAAUACCCAAUGUACUUUCCACAUGUGCGACUGAACCUUUAAAUGUCAGUUUAAUGUAUUUUCUUAACCAUGAACGUUUCCCUUUUGUCAUGAAUUUUCUUGUUGUCAGAUCAUUUGAACAAUGUCUGUCAUGCAGAACUGGGUGAAUUAAAGUGCUGAAAUUUUAAA